CUCACAGCUAUCAUCUUAAUAAUAAUUCCUCUAGAACAAAGGGAGAAAUUAAGAGUUUGAGAAAAUGGGAAAUGUAUUUGCAGUGAUAAAGCCAAUAAUUCAUAUGGUAUUGAAAGCUAUGGGAAUGACAUCCCAAAUGGUGGAAAUAGAACCAGGAACUAUCAUGCAUUUUUGGGUUCCAACUGAAACCAUUCAUUGCCAUAACCCAAACAAUAAAUUACCAAAUUAUAAACCUAAGCCUGCUGUUGUAUUUGUUCAUGGAUUUGUUUCCAAUGGAAUUAUGACUUGGCUUUUACAAGUGCUUUCCUUAAGAAUUUCAGGUGCUGAUUUUGCUAUCUACGUUCCUGACCUACUUUUCUUUGGAGAUUCCUUCACUGAUCGUCCUGAAAGGUCAACGAGUUUUCAGGCAGAAUGUUUAGCAAAGGGAAUGAUGAAGCUUGGAGUGGAAAAGUUCUCUCUGGUUGGAUUUAGUUAUGGAGGAAUGGUUGCGUUCAAGUUGGCUCAAUUGUAUCCUCACAUGGUUGAGUCUAUGAUUAUGUCAAGUACGGUUAUUGAGUUGACUGAGUAUAUUAGCAAUGCUUCGUUGAAGAAUAUUGGGUUCACAAAUUGGCCUGAUUUUCUUUUGCCCAAAACCAUCUCUGGUCUCAAAGUAUUGCUAUCUAUUGGUAGUCAUAAGUUCCCAUGGUUUCCUGAAUUUUUCUUCAGUGAUUUUCUUGAGGUUAUGUUUACCAAUAGAAAGGAGAAAGCCGAACUUCUUGAAGCUUUAGUAGUCAGUGACAAAGACGCUAUUAUUACCCCUAACUACUCCCAGAGGAUUUACCUUUUAUGUGGAGACGACGACAAAAUUUUUAAUACGGCAGUGUCUGAUAACAUGAAACAGAAGUUGGGAGAAAAUGUGACAAUCGAUUACAUAAAAAAGGCAGGACAUCUUGUUCAGUUGGAGCGACCCUGCUCUUACAAUCAUUAUCUCAAAAAAUUUCUUUCCUACUCAUGAUAAUUAUGGCGGAGCCAAAAAUUUCGCAAAAAAUUUCAAGGUUUAAUAUAUAUUUAUUAAAAGCUAUUUUGAUUUUGUAUGCGGGUAAAAUCGAGGAUAAUGCAUACCCCGAUUUCCCCGUGAAGAAAACAAAAGAAGGUCAUGGAUGCACAAGAUUGGAAUCGAGGUUGGGAGCCCUUCGUAUCGAAAUGUGAAUGAUGUGUUCAUCAUCGGGCAUGAUAAAGCGAAGCUCCCCAGACCCAGAACGAGUUCUAAAACCUCGGAAAAAACGGUAAACGGCUACACAUGACGGGUAAAGGGACGUGAUAUUCGUACCUAACCAGAUAUCACGAUGCAGAUCUCGCUCAAUAUCGGUUACGGAUCAGUAAUUAACGAGAAAGGAAGAUUUUUAGCUUUUUUAGACUUGUACUAGGGAUGAAACACCCCUACUAUAUAAAGGGAAAGUUUUUCUUUUGUAAGACACAUUAGAACAUGCCAAUCAAAGUAAUAUAAAUUUA